UAUGUCUCAGAGGAGUUUUGGUUCCUUGCCGCUGUCGCCUCUGGCUUGCUCAGUUGGGGACACUUAAUUUCUAGCGAUUAUCGCCGAUUUGAUUGCACAGAUACUAUUUAAACUAAACUGAGCUAGACAAUGACAUCUCUGAAUUCAAUAAUGAAAUGCCUUUAACUGAAAAUUGAGUGUUUAAUCUUAUCAUUAUACAUUACUGACACUCUAUCCUCCAAUUUGAUACUGUUAAGUGCUUUGACACAAUCUGUAUUGUAAAAGCGCUAUAUAAAUAAAGGUGACUUGACUUGACUUGACUUAACGUUGUUAUGAAGUUUUAUUAUGAUGAUUUUAUUGAUUUAUUAUGAAGCUCGUGUUCGCAAGGUAUUCGCUCUGCUUACUUUUGUGCUCUCUCAUUUAUGAUUAAUGUUAACACACAACGUUAGCUUUACACGAAGGCCCAAAAACAUGUUAGUGAUGUGCCUAAACACUUAUUUUAACGUAUCGCGUCGACCAGUAUACCCGGUAAAGAAGUCGUCUGUUUACUUUUAUGUGAGCCAGUUUAUUUCUCUUUGUGUUUUGUAGGAUGGGGUACUGCUGAACAACAAUUAUGACAGGUUUUGAAUAAUCCAGUCACAUGAAAAACAUUAAUGCCGAAUUUUUGCGCAUCACGACCUUACCUUUACAAUCGAGAUUUAUGGCCUCUUUGGACAGACAGAGCUCUCAGCUUCUCCAGGUUAUUAGGAGCAAAGGUGGAGUCCUCCGUGAAAAAACUAAGGACACUAUUAAAGUUAUGGAUCAGAGUCUGGACAUAGACAUCAGAAGAGAGUGCCUGCUGAAGUGCCUGAUCAUGUACCUUGGUGAAGAUGCAAGCUGUCUGAUCAAAGAAUACCAGGCUGACCGGAGGGAGGAAGCAGAGAGAAAAUUUGAAAAGACCACCAUGGCAUUUUUUGUGAUCCGUCAAAGUGAUGCUCUUAGUCGUGCACUGGACAUUUCCAUUUUCAUUGACGGUGUGGAAGUACUAAAUGAGUUACCCUCUGUUGCAUGUGCCUGUGCCAUGAUGUUUGGACUCAUUUAUGCACUGAACUUAAAAUAUCCUGAAGGACUCAAAUAUACCUUUGAGGCCUUUCAAAAAUUAAUCAUGGACUUAGAGAGUAAGCAGAUGAGCCGAAGGGUGCAAAACCUCUCUUCAAAGCUGCAGGAGUAAAUUUGUUUCCUUUGACCCAGCUACAAAGUUCUGCUGAUGGUAAAUUUCUUUGAAGAUGUUGGACUGUAUAAAGCCUUUUAUACAAAGUUAACUGUACUACUGUUUACUAAACCUGAUUUGUUUUAUCUUGGUUAAUUUGUGUUUUAUUUAGGGUUAGUUAAAUAGUUUACCCAAAAAUGAAAAUUCUUACAUUGUUUACUCAUCCUUAAGCUAUUCAAGUAUUUAACUUUAAUUAAAUUUGGUUCAGAGACAUUUUAUGACAAUUAUGAGAGAAGUUUCAUUUUUGGGUAAACUAUUCCAUGAAGGUGAAAAGACAUUUAUUUUAUUUGUUCUUUCUACAAUUGGCUAACCAGUUUUUGGGCCAAACUUUUUUUUAACUUCAGAAGAAUUCUAAAGGUUUGAUUGUGUAGUCAGUUCUAAGUGACUGUUCAUGGAAAGAUUGCAUGUUUCUCUUCGAAAACAUAACUGAUUAUUAUGGUGAAUUUACAUUGUAUCCAGUGUGUCUAUGUAUAUGGAUACUAAAAACUGUUAUACAGUUUGUGUUUUUAUAACAAUACUAUAUACAUUGUAGAAAUGUUUUAUGACAAAAAUCAUCAGUCUUGUUUUGUUCAUAACAUGACAGUUAUUUUUAAUAAAAUUCUAAAUCCAACA